AUGGAAGCGGCGACUGUGGCUGGCGUUAAUGGUGAGAUCGUGGUAACGCUGGAUGACAUUGAACGUCUCGGGAACUCCAAUAUGACCGCGAACGCCAGAAGUCAUUGCAACACCGGUGCGGACCAGGAACAGACGCUCAAGGAGAACAAGAUGGCUUACCUCAGGUUGUGUCUCCGCCCUUGUGUAUUCCGUGGCUUAGGGCAGCGGCAAAUGGGAGUAACCCUGCUGGGCGACCAGAAGCUGUCCAUGCCGGUCGGAAUAUCGCCGUCGGCCCUGCAGAAAUUGGCUCACCCAGACGGAGAAGUUGCCACGGCCAGAGCAGCGCAGGCGGAGCGAACCCUGAUGAUACUGAGCCUCUACAGCAGCACUUCCAUGGAGGUCGUGAAGAAGAAAGUUGGAGAAGGGCUUCUCUGGAUCCAGAUGCAGCUGUCUAGGGACCGUGCCCUCACAAAGGACCUCGUGAGACGCGCUGAAGUGGCAGGUUACCGAGCUCUUGUACUCACUGUUGACAUGCCAGUGUACGGGAAGAGAAUAGACAGAGUAAAGAAAAGUUACAGUCCUCCAGAAGAUAUCAGAUUUGCCAACUUCAAAAAGAUCGCGGAGGACGAAGUUGGGAACGGGAAUAUGGUGCUGCCCGUGAACGAUCCACUCAUCAACGCUGCGCAGACGUGGGAUGACGUCACCUGGUUGAAGAGCAUCACCAGUCUUCCCGUCGUCGUGAAAGGAAUCACCACGGCCGAAGACGCUGAGAUAGCCAUCGAUCGUGGGGUUUCAGCCAUACUCGUCUCGAAUCAUGGCGGUCGGCAGCUAGACGGAGUCCCAGCAACCAUUGAAGUCCUCCCAGAAAUUGUGAGUGCGGUUCGUGGACGCGUCGAGGUCUACGUGGACGGCGGAGUCCGUCGCGGCACCGAUGUGGUCAAGGCCUUGGCGCUUGGAGCUAAGGCCGUGUUUGUCGGUCGUCCUGCCCUCUGGGGUCUGGCGUACAACGGGGAACCUGGCGUAAGGAAAAUGCUUGCGAUACUGAGAGAAGAGUUGGAUCGAGCGCUGGCACUGAUGGGUUGCUCAAGCAUUGACCAGCUGGCUCCCGAAAUGGUGGUGCAUCAGGGUCACUUCUCCCGGAAAACAAUGCUCGAUGCACCAGCUAUAAAUGGAAGCGAAUAAUGAUCGUAUUUGCGGGCAUACAUACACUCCUUCGGUUUUGUAUUUUUUAAAACUGGUGUGGGUAUUGUACUGGCUUUCUAAUGGGAGCUUUAUGGUACGGCCUAUGUGCCGUACGGGUCUGCCGUGUCAGGAUAAA